AUGGGAGUUAUGUUACUCAAUUGGACUGACCCUGCACUCAAGUGGGAUUCCUCAUCUUUUGAUAACUUGUUUGCUUUAACCAUAGACCCAUCUGACAUAUGGAAACCUUUAAUGUUUCUAGUAAAUGUGGCAGAUAACAUGGAACCUAUUGGACAUGGAGUUACGUUUUAUACUACUUUAACUAGCACUGGAGACGUUUACUAUAGCCCGGGAGGAAUAAUGAAGGCAAAGUGUCCUACUAAUGUUGCAAAAUUUCCUUUUGACACACAAGAAUGUAAUUUGAUGUUUAUCAGCUGGGGAAUAUCAAAUACCACAUUAACAUUGUCUGCUUUGUCUAACCAAGCGAGGUUAUAUUGGUACACACCUAAUUCAGAUUGGACCCUUCUGGAAUAUUCAACAUUUGUUGAGUUCUACAAUGAGUAUAGCACGUUCAACGUAAAAAUUAAAAUAAAGCGUCAGUCUUUAUAUUAUGCCGUGAUGAUGAUUUUACCAACUCUGUUGUUUGCUCUCUUGAAUCCAUUGGUCUUUGUUAUUCCAGUGGAAUCAGGUGAACGUGUUUCUCUAGCAAUGACAAUAUUACUUUCCUAUGCCAUAUUUUUAACUUUAGUGUCGGCCGCUAUUCCAACAUCCUCCAAUCCAAUCUGCGUACUUUUAGCUGUCAUGAUAACAAUAAUUUCGCUUAGUGGUCUUAUCGUGGGAAGUGUCAUAAUGGUUUCGAAAUAUUAUUUUGAGGAAACAACAGCUGGAUUAAGUUCACCACUGAAGAGAUUGGCAAAAUGGAGGUUGGAGAAAAAACGCAAUGUUGUAUUACCGAUUAAUGAUCCCAAGAAACAGAUUAAUGAAAUAGAAGUAAAUGUAACGGGAAAGGAUGUAGCCAACGCUUUAGAUUGUGUUUGCCUGUGUAUAUUCUAUGCCGCUAUUUUGGUGUGUUUGACUGGAUAUUUCGUUUACGUUUUAAUUUAA